AUGAAAACCCAAAGCUUGAUCCUCGCGGCUGUGGCCACCUACGCUGGCGUAAGCGAAGCAGGAAUCUGCUGGACCAACGGCCUCAACUUGCUUAUGGGAGGCCAGCCCUGGGGUGGUUCGUGUAACCAGCCACCAGUAAACCCACCGCCGCCGCCGCCGCCGCCGGCAUGCGUGCCAAACACUGUCUACAAAAUCGACCCCGCCGUCGCGGCCUCCGCUAAGGCAGCCUGCAUGGCCCUCAACCCGCCGAGGAACACGCCACUUUUUGACGAGAAUGGAAACCCAGCCUGCUGUGUCCCCAUCUAUUCUGGGGGUGUGCAAGUGUGCUAG